CCUGUUUUCUCCCCUGCCUUCCUGGCUAAGCGAAGCCGCCAUUCCUUCCUCCUCCCUUUCACCUCCCGUGCCUAUAUAUACCGGCACCACCACCACCGCCCAAUUCCACAUUGCAAUCCAUCGCCGCCGACGACGACGACCACACACACGAGCGACCAGAGAGUCAGGGACACAGCGACACAGACAGGCUUGAGUGGAGGGGAAGGUGGUACGACGACAUGGACGUGCACUCGGCGCCGGUGGCGGCGAGGAGGAUGUGGGGCUACCUUCGCGCCGUCUUCUUCAUGAUGCGCAAGGGCAAGCGCAAGCUGCUCCUCGGCGCGCACCUCCUCAUGAAGCGCCGCAACAAGGCCGUCGCGCGCUCCGUCGCCAACCUCCUCUCCCACCACCACCACCACCACGGCGGUCACCACGGCCGCGCGCUCCGCCGCCGCGAGUACGAGUUCUCCUGCGGCGACAGCCCCGACCCGGGCUCCUUCUCCAUGCGCCGCCUCGCCUUCCCCUGCCUGGGCGCCGCGGACGCCGACGCCGACGAGCCCGGCCGCCUCCGCGCCGACCCCGCCACGCCCCCGCGGCACAUGAUCGAGUACUAUGCCAACGCGGCCGCCGCGUCCCCGGCGCCGUCGUCGCCCGGGGCGCUGAUGAUGAUGCACGAGGAGUCCGAGCUCGCGCUCGGGGAGGAAUGCACGCCGGCGGGGAUGUCGCCGCUGGUGCCCGGCGCGGCGGACGGCGGGUUCUCGGUUCGUGUCUCCAACUUCUCGUCCGACGAGGUCGACGGCGACCAGCUGGGCCUGGGCGAGGCAGUGGACGACGAGGCGGAGGAGUUCAUCGCCCGCUUCUACGCCCAGCUGCGCCGCCAGAACCACAUCGGCCUGCUCCCGUACCACCUCCAGGAAGCCGCCGCGUGAUCGGCGAGCCGACGAAGUUACCUAGCCACGACGGCAUUGUCCGGCGGGGCCUGCCGGAGAUGGAUUCCAUGAUUGCUUGGACGGGUGACCGUGCGCACGCAACGUACGGCGCAUGCAUGCUUGCUUGUCCAUGGCUGGCAUGCGUGUGUCGGGGGACAGGAAUACGUCGUGUGCACGAAUGUGUAGCAGUUACAUCAUCAUGUAUAUACAUGCACGUACGUACGAUUGCGCAUGCGUGACAGCGUGGGCAUGUACCCUCUUCUUUUUCUGCAUGUAUGUAUGUCAGUGUAAAGAUGUGAUGGAUCGAGUCCCGGAUGGUUUUUAGUAGCUGGGGCCAAGUGUACUUUGCAUUGUAAAUUCCUUGUAUUUGUAUGUGGUAAUUUAACUUGAACAUUUUAUAUGUG